UUAUAUAAAUACGAGUAGUUCUCUUCAAAAUAUGAAAAAUGUCAAAGAUAGCCCAUAUCCGCAUUCCUGUUAAAAGAAAGGUGACACCUAUCGAUGUAUCGAUACUAUCUUGUGCUGUCGACCCAGCACUGGUCAGCGCGACAAUUCUAACUGUUUCUCUUCUUGGCAAAACUUAACUUGCAAAUUUCUGGUUAAACUGUAUGAAAACGGUAAAGUGUGUGUAAAACGAUGACAUCCUUUAAUGCCGUCGGGGCGCUUUUGCCGCUGGAUGAAUAUUGGGAAAACUGUGUUCAUCCGAAGCCGCUUAUACCGCCCAAAUACCCUGGAUCGAUGUUCCACUCACGCCAUCAAGCAGGCUCCACCCAGAUGGGUCAAACCAGGCCGGCAGGCCACCGGAAUGUCGGCCGGCGCCAGGCCGGUAAUGUGCGUUCCUACAAAGACGAACAAGACAGUGAAGACGAUGAAGAUGAGCUUGUUGGAACAGGCGAGUCGUUGGAGGACUCGCCGGACGGCGCCUAUAGCGAUUUUAAAUCAAACGUGACCCAAAUAAACUACGAGAUGGAUGACUUCAAUAAGACCUACUGCGACGAGUCAUCGCCGUGGCAGAAUGAGAGCUCCUACUCUCCUCAGUGGCGCCGUCACAACGCAAACACUGCGCGCCCCAAUGUUGGUCAAAGGAACAACGUGAAGUCUCGACUAGAUCUUAAUUUUAAAAACCGUUGGAACAAGCGAAAUAAGAACCAAAGGCCUCCCAAAAACAAUGAGGACACCAUUCAUAAUCCGGGUCUUAAUCAGAACUACAAUCGCGGCCAGCAGCAGCAGCAGUCACGCUUGAUGCUGCAGGAACGAAUGCGCUUCGCAUAUAACUCCUUCAGGGACAAUAAUGUGGAUCAGUCACCCAAUGUACUAAUCAACCAUAAGAAAAACUUCCAUAAUAUUCCACAGAAUCCCCCGGAUAUGGGCUACCCAAGCACCAUUACCUCUAUGAUAGAUUCGGUCAACAAUCUGGCUGAUCGCCGCGCCUAUGGUCGAUACGAAACCACUAUGCCACCGUUAACCAAUGGCUAUGCUGCUGAAAGAGCAAAGGUCAACACUCUGCCGCAGCCGGGCAACCCAAUGGAAUUAAAUAGUUCCGCUACGGAUGAGUACACCGUUCAACAGGUGGCUCGUCAUGUAAUGUUGAUGAUGAGUACAGUGCGCAAUAUCGAUACUCAAGAAACUCCCGAAUAUUUUAAGGGUAAGAAAUCGGUAAAUCCAGCUGCUGGGGAGUCUUAUCUAUCCGAGCUACCGGAGGGCUUUAAUUAAAGAGCCGGAUACACCAAUUCUCACUUCAGAAGUAUAUUUAUUUUAAGUAAUUUUAAAUUUCGCGUUCAAAUUCAUAUUAGUUUUGGCGGAAAACACCACUUGUGGGUGAAUUGUGCGCCGCCGCCGAUAGGCAAGAAGAAGAUUGUGUGGAGGGCUGUGAAUGGCACCGAGUGAAUUUAGUUGUCGACGGAGGGAGCACUUCUCUUCCAUACAUAUUUCGGCUGAUAAGAACAGGCUGUGCCGCUUAUCAGCAAUGCACAACAAAAAGUACACAGGGACAGGCGAGAUGUGAGAAGCGAAAGCGGACGAAAAUAGAAACAAACGGCGAUAAAUUUACAGCGAAGGCGAAUUUUCAUACAUAAGCGAAGUGCCGAUGGAGGAACACCGCAUAGGAAUAUAGAGUAAUAAUUAAUCAGUUAAUCUGCAAAGCACUCAGAGCGUGGACGCGAAAAAAUGCUGGACGGGAACGAACGACUAGCGGGAUAGUGAACAGUGAUCAUAACUCCGAAUCGUUCUAAACAUUAACCUCAACUUAUUAGCAAACAUAUGUAUGCAUAUGUAUGUGCCUUUUCGAAUUUAGAACAACGCCUGACGAAAGGCAUUCAAUUUGUUAUUUUGCUAUUAGCUUAAGGGCCGAAAGCUGCAAAUCAUCUCAUUUAGUUAGUUGUAGGGCUUACUUAUUCCACCGACUUAAAAGGAUUUCUCCAAAAUAAUAUAACGAAAUAAAAUUAAUUACGUUCUCUAAA